UCAUGGACAUACAGAGUGGUGGAAAUUUUGAGUCACCCAAUGUAUACAUUCCCAGCUGAGCAGAAGGCCAUGGAGACUUCAGGAUCCUCCUCCCAGACUCGAGACCACGGUCAAGUCCACGGAGAAACAGAGGAUCUAGACUAUGGAGAGAUGGAUUUCCACAAGCAGGAUGGGGAGGCCGGACUCUUUUCUCAAGGACCAUAUAAGAGAGAUAAGUCUUCUUCUGCCUCCUCUUCAUCCUCCUCCUCCUCUUCUUCCUUGUCAUCCUCCUCUGCCUCAGGUGCUGAGCAUGGGGAGCCUGAUGUUUUGAAGGAUGAACUUCAACUCUAUGGAGGAGUCCCUGGAGAGGUGGUGCCCUCUGGGGAAUCAGGACUCCGAAGGAGAGGCUCUGACCCAGCAAAUGGAGAAGUGGCAGCCUCUCAGUUAAGACGACUGAAUAUAAAGAAAGACGAUGAGUUUUUCCAUUUCGUACUCCUCUGCUUUGCCAUCGGGGCCUUGCUGGUGUGUUAUCACUAUUACGCAGACUGGUUCAUGUCCCUCGGGAUUGGCCUGCUCACCUUCGCCUCCCUGGAGACCAUUGGCAUCUACUUUGGGCUGGUGUACCGGAUCCACAGCAUCCUGCAAGGCUUCAUCCCCCUCUUUCAGAAACUGAGGCUGAUGGGGUUCCGGAAGACCAACUGAAGCCAGUGCUGGGCAGGUAGCCAGGCUAGGCCCCAGUACGACCACCACUGCAUCCCCUGAGCCCACGAGGGCAGAGCAACAUUCUAGGAGACACGCGGCAGGCCCAGCUAGAGCAAUAAAGAGAGCACUUUUCCUUCCUUGUGGUCUGAACGUUGGCACCAGCCUGGGCCAAGGUAUCAUACGGGCAGCGUUGGUAUGCAGUUCAGCUGCCAGAAUGGAAGGCAGAGGGAGGGUGCGGGGCCUGAGCCCUUCCCAGUGCCGGGAUCAGCAGGAGGAUUCUGGGACAUCACUGCUCUCAGGAGACAGUAGGAGUCCCCUGGGCCCUGCGAGCUGUAAUCUGUCUGGGCUUGUGGUUUCUCUUAAGUCCCCAGGCCAUCCCGGUGGGCUCUCAGGUCCUCCAGAGCCAUCCUGGGACAGACAGACAGUCCACUGCCCUGAGGCAGGGAAGCACCAUGUCAGGCCCCUGGGUGAACCUGACACAGGUUAAAUGCUGGGUACUAAAGUGACAGCAUUCAGGCAUCUUCCCUCAGCCCCACCACCUGGUGCCUGUGCCACUACCCUGGACUCUGUCAAGAUUCAAAUAAACAUUAUCUUCCUUGGACUAAAAAGAAUCAGCUAAACAUUCCUUUAGGUUUCUGGAGUGCGAGAAUACAUUUGGGGUCUUCUUUGACCCCAUCUAGUCAGGAAGGACACCUUGUCCUACUGGAUAAAGUACAAACGGGAAUAAAUGUAGAAAUUUUAGGUCUAAGACUUCAGUUGUACAGGUUUAGAACAGGAGACAAGGUUUUGCAAACAUUCUUGUGAAAAAGAUCUGGGGCUGUUAGGUAUCCUCAGCUCAACAAAUAGCAAAGAAAUGAGAUAAGAGCACAAAACAAAAUCCAUUGCAAGCUUGGGUUGCAUUAAUCGAGGUAGAGUCUAACUGAAGGAGGUGAUAAUAGGUCCUUUACACAGCCAGGACACAUCAAUAGCAUGUGUUCGGUUCUAGACUCACAUAUCAAGAGCAACGAUGACAAACUAGAGAACACACAGAAGAGACCAGGGUGGGAUAUAAAGAAUGAUUGAAGAAAUGAGAACUGUUCGACUUGCAGAAGAGAAAAGUGGGGGCCUUCAUUGAGCUUGUAGACUCUGGAGGACACUUCCUCAAGUGCUUAUGAUGGUCCAGGUCCAGUCACACACAUGAUCUGAUUUAAUUCCCACAGCAGCCUUGAGAUGUGUGAAUCAUCUUCAU